GACGGUUACGUUCGCGUUCGCUCGUCCACCAGCUCGCAGUUGUCAGCUGCACAAUGGCGACGUUAGUUCGUGUUCGCUCUUUCUGCUGCCGCCGUCGUUUCUGAGCGGUGGGUCGGCCCAAACGUUGGACCGUCCGUUGCGCGGAUACCGAGAGUCUCUCGCGCACGCUUUCUCUCUCUCUCUCUUUGUCUCUCUCUCUCUAUCUCUCUCUCUCUCUCUCUAUCUAUCUCUCUCUUACGUCUCGUCCCCGAGAGCUCAUCGCGGAGACAAGUCUCAACGGCCGCGUUUCGGAAACGAAAGCAGCGAAUCGACGCGUCGCAUCUCCGUCGACGUGACGCAGAAGCCGACGAGAAGUGAGCCAAGAAGAAAAGGAGAAAGAGGAAGAAGAAGAAGAAGAAGAAGACUCUGAGGUCGGUCGUAGCAAUUGCGCUCGAUCGCGGUGCCACCCGCGGACGUCCAAUCGUCUUAACCAACCUACCUACCCCACCGAUUCAGGAACGACGCACGGCGACAAUUAUCAAGGAAAAAAAAAAACACGAAGGAUCAGCUCUUGUAAAGAGCGACCGACUGAUAACGCACGAAGAUCUCUCUCCGUCCAAGGACCCGGUGCAGCGACACUGCGAAACGACACUGCACGGGUCAACAAAAGCACAAGUGAUAUUUGUAACUAAUAGUUAACGCGUUUAGAGCUUAGAGGAGCCGAGACCGUCUUGCGAAACUCCGUACUCUUUGUAUAUACAAAUGUCGGAUACUCGAGCCGUAAUAUUCAGUGCUAAGUCCAAGUGACGCGAAGUGUGUUCAACGCAUCUCACUACGAUCCCGCGUGGACCAGGACACGAUACAGGACGCCAGAGUAACGGCUGCAUCGAGUGACACACCGAGUGUGUACGUGUGCGUGCGUGUGCGUGCGUAUCUGUGCGUGUGCGCAACAUGAGAGUGGCCAGGCAACAUCCACUGCAUCUGCAAGUAUCGACCCGCACCAACAAUGGCAAGUUCUUGGUCGGUACCAACAAUAGUCAAGACGUUGUCCAUCAGCAGCCGUCACCGCAGCAACAGCAGCAUUCGACCAACGACGAGAGCAGUGCGGUGGUGCCAGGCUGCGUCUUUCCGAGCUGCGAGUCAGUGCCCACCGACCUUCACGGGAGCCCAACUAUACUGGGAGAUCGAUUCCUGCUUCUUGGUCCGGCCGAAGGUAGCGCUCUUUAUCGAUGCGUCGAUGUGCACAACGACCAGCAACUUGUCGCCAAGGCGUUGACCGUGGGCGACAAAGGUUGCGAGGCGUUGCUGCAGGCCCACCUUCGUCUGGAGGGCACCGGUGCGGCGAGCGGCGUGGCUGGUGUAGUGGAGGCACCUGGAGGCCGACGUUAUCUCCUCUUGGAGGGCCAUCACGGUGACCUGCACGCCUACGUAAGGGCACGCAGGAGACUGCGUGAGCCCGAAGCAAGGCGGCUCUUCCGGCAGGCGGCCAGGGCCGUGGCCACGUGUCAUGAAUACGGGGUCGUGUUGAGGGACCUCAAGCUCCGGAAGUUUGUUUUCGCCGAUGAAGCGAGAACGCGGCUUCGUCUGGAGAGCCUCGAGGACGCGGUGAUCGUGGAGAACGACGACGACAAGCUGACCGACCGGCGCGGCUGUCCAGCGUAUGUCGCGCCGGAAGUGCUGCGCUCCGGACGCGCCUAUUCCGGCAAGGCGGCGGACAUCUGGUCGCUGGGCGUGUUGCUGUACACGAUGCUGGUGGGCCGUUAUCCGUUCAACGACGCCGAGCACGCGUCCCUUUUCGCCAAGAUCUCGCGCGGCCUGUUCGCCGUGCCGGAGGGCCUGAGUCCACGCGCCAAGUGCCUGAUCCGCUCGCUGCUGCGAAAGGAGCCGUCCGAGCGGCCAUACGUUUUUUUGCGGCUGUCGAAGCCGUUGCGGUUACACACGCCUACGUCCGGUGGCAGGUCCUCGUGCCAGGAUCAAAUCGUACCAGAGCUAUCUAUUAAUCCUCAACAAGACUGACUCUCUCUCUUUCGGGGGAAGAAUCAUUAUUCCGCGCGUGACGGCAUCACUCUGUCUCAUCCUAGUGCUUCUCUCGCGC